AUGGUAUCGACGAAGUCAAUGAAGGCAGCGGCAGAGAAAGCGGCUCAGGCAACCGAGAAGGGCACGGAUGCGGGUGACGUUGGGCUCGACGGGGAGUUGGAGGAUCUCACGGAGAUCGAAGGGCUGAGGAAGGUCGUGGAGACGCAGGCGGAGAGGCAGUCAAGGAUCAAGGAAGAGCUGAACGGUUUGCAGGUGCAAGCCAGAGAUCACGGCCGCACUCUCGACGCGUUGCUGGCGGCGGUGGAGGCGCUGCAAGGACAGGUGAGCAGUCUGACGGAGGCUUGGAAGAGAGGCGGGGCAGCGGAUGGAGAUGGCGAGAAGCCACCGGAGGAGAAGGGCGCGGCGGAGGAGUCCGCCUCGGUGGCGGCGGUCGGCGGCCAGGGAGCCGAGAAGGGCUCGGCGGAUGGGGGGGCAGCAGCAAGCAACCCUAGCCGACCCCCUGUUUCGCGUUCGGGCCAAGUUUCGUUCGGCCCAACAAUCAAGGAUGGGCUUUUGCCUACUCCAUCGGCCCAGGAGCUGGCUCGUGCGCGUGGCAAGGCCAAGAUGGCCGAGUACGUGGAUCCGGGCUCGCACACGGGCCUGAACUUGGAGGAGCUGGUGGACCCGGAGCAGGAGAGAGAUCGCGGGCCUUGGCCCAACGAGCAGAGGGGGCUGGGUGCGGACGGCUGGCGAGAGGAGGGCGGCCCGAUAGGCCGAGCCCAGUGGGAAGGUGGACCAGGAGGGGGCUGGAGGGAGUCGGGCCGCAGGAGGGAACCGGGCCGGUCGGGAGCAACAGGCCGAGAUCAACCGGGCCGGGGUGACUUGGGCCGAGCAGGGAUGGGCCGGGUCUCCAGCGUUCGGGCCGAGUUUGGGCGGACCGAGACUGGUCGGACCGAAGCUGGUCGGGCCAAACCCGGUCGAACCGAAACCGGGCGAAACCGAAACCGGUCGGACCCCGGUCGAACCGGUCCAGCCGGCUGGGUAUCAGAAUCAGGCGGGCAGCAGGUGCUACCCGGGCCCGCAAGGCCAGUUCGACGAGUAUUGUGGCCCCUUUCCUUCUUCUGCAUUCCAGCGGGGCGCCGGGAAGGAAUCCAGGAGGAUGUGGGCGGGGGAUCGAAGGCUGAAGGGCGAGUUAAGCGGAAGGGCCGGGGACCAGGAGGAUGA